AUGGACUCCCCGGGACGUCUGCCCGGCGCUGGCCUGGCCGAUUUGAUACGAACAUCGCAGCUCCUUACUGACCGGUUCGCUCUUAUGGCCAAUAGCCUUAACACGGCGCCGGUCACGUUGGCUGCUGUGGCCAAGGAAUGCCGUGCCGUCACGGAUGCUUUGCGCCGGUUCAAGUACCUCCGCGACACAAUCCCGGAAACAUUGGUCUUUGACCCUGUUCUUCUCGAUCAAUCCUGUCAUGACGCCUUGCACUCGAUUUCGACCAGUUUAUCGUCGCUGGACGUCUGCAGCACACGUAUUCGCCCUGCGACAAGCGACAGCACUGUCGACAUGUCGUCGGGUCACAUCACCAUCAUUUGGAACGAAGAUUCUCUAAAACAAAUUUUACAUCAGAUCAAAACCAGUCUCUCAUGGGACUGCGCUAUAAGCCCAGCGGUGCUCAACAAAGGCAGCCGAUUGCGCCUAUCAACCAUUGGUCCUCGCCCGCGGCCGGAUGCUUGUCCCGUCAGUGACCUCUCUGAGGUUCACUCAGCCUUGAAGCGACUCAAGCCGCCGCCGGGCACACUUUACCAGCAAAAUGUGCGAAUGACCAAGGACUUACACGACGCCAUUGACCGCGGAGAUGAAGCUGCUGUGGUGAAGCUGCUACUACAACGAAUCGAUCCAACUGCACCCCGACUCGGCUCGAAGCUUUCGCCUUUACGCCGAGCUCUCAACCGCCAAAUCCCAUCCCUUGUGACAUUUCUGGCUAUGGCUGGUGCAGACCUGGAGGACCGCGGCGAUCAUGACGAGACAAUCCUAAUCACCGCCGUCAAGUACAGGUACUCUGACAAGAUCAUUGCGCUGUUAUGCGAACUUGGUGCGAACGUCAAUGCCGUCGACAAGUUGGGGUGCUCGGCUGUUCACCAUGCCGCCGUGUCAGCUAGUGAAGACGACACUCUCGCUGUUCUUGUACACGCUGGAGCCGACUUCGACCGCAGAGACUUGGGGACCCGAACGCCUCUGAUAGCAGCGGUUCAGAACUACAGGUUCAAUGCCAUUGAGAAGCUGCUCGAGUACGGAGCAGACCUAGAGACCCGUCUGCAGAAUGGCCGGACGGCGCUUCAUGUCGCCAUAUCCAUGAAGAGUAGUCCCAUGACGGAGUUCCUUUCAGACCAAGGCGCUUACCUCGAUCGACGAGUCAACGAACACACUGCCUUGACAUAUGCAAUAGCCACGGCGUGUCCCGAUAUCGCGGAGGUGCUGAUCGAGGCCGGUGCCGAUAUCGACUUGUCCAGUUCAAAAGGCAACUUCCCGCUUCUCGCCGCAGCCGCAGCAGGAGACCUGCGCACCAUGAAACUUUUACUCUCCCGAGGAGCCAAAUAUGAUGCCGUUGGCAGUGAGGGAUAUCUACCGAUUCACAUGGCGGCUCAUAAGAACCGAGUCGAGGUGCUGCAGCUUCUGUUCAAGGCCGGUUCCCCGAUAGACCCUACGACCGAACACGGCGAGACGCCCCUCACAAUCGCUAUGCGCUUGGGGUGUUUCGAGGCGGCGCAGUUCCUAAUUGAAGUCGGCGCAGACGUCGACCACUCCGCACCCCGAGCGGAACGGAUCAUCUGCCAGGCGCUCAAGGCCGGCAACACCCGUAUCGCAAUAGCUCUCAUCCGAGGGGGUGCGGACCUCACUACCCCUUUAUUACGAAACGCCAGCAUGACGCCGGUGCAUCUGGCAGCUCACUAUGGACAAAACGAUGUCCUCGUCGCCAUGAUCAACGCCGGCGUUGACCUAGACACCCGAACCUGGCCUGGCUUCACGCCGCUCUUCUCCGCCGUGAAGGCGGGCCAUAUUCCUACCGUCCGCCUGCUCAUAACUGCCGGUGCUUAUUUAAGAGUCCGGUCAGCGUCGGGCGCGAAUCUGCUGUUUUUUGGCACUGCCGAGCCCGCUAUGAUGAAGCUCCUGAUAGAGCUCGGUCUCGACAUCCGCGAGCGUGAUCACUAUGGCGCGACACCACUUCAUUACGCGGCUUUGAAGGGCCACGAUGCAACAGUGAAGCUCCUGCUGCAGCGGGGCGCAAGAGUGGUUCAUGCGAGUGCCGUCUUUGAGACACUCCAAGACUACAAGAAGAAAGGCCCUUACCGCCAGGGUACUGCCGCCGGGCUUGCAAGGCAAAAGGAUCAUAUCAAGAUCGCUCGACUAAUCGAGGGCUGGAAGUUCAAGCCCUGA